AUGGCAGGGAAGCUGGGGAUCCUCCUGCUGGCCCUCGUGCUCAGCCUGGCGCAGCCAGCCUCGGCCCGCCGGAAACUCCUGUUGUUUCUGCUGGACGGCUUCCGAGCAGACUACAUCAGCAAUGAGGCCCUGGAGUCCUUGCCUGGGUUCAAAGAGAUUGUGAGCAGAGGGGUCAAGGUGGAUUACUUGACCCCGGACUUUCCCAGUCUCUCCUAUCCCAAUUACUACAGCCUCGUGACGGGUCGCCACUGUGAGGUCCAUCACAUGACCGAGAACUACAUGUGGGACUCCAACACCAACAAGUCAUUUAACAUAGGUAUCAACAGAGACAGCCGGUUGCCUCUCUGGUGGAACGGAUCAGAACCUCUGUGGGUCACUCUGACCAAGGCCAAAAGGAAGGUCUACAUGUACUAUUGGCCAGGCUGUGAGGUUGAGAUUCUUGGCAUCAGACCAACUUACUGCCUCGAGUAUAAAUCUGUCCCAACGGAUGCCAAUUUUGUCAACGCAGUCAACGGUGCUCUUGACGUCUUCAAGAGUGGCCAGGCGGACCUGGCGGCCAUCUACUACGAGCGCAUCGACGUGGAAGGCCACCAUCACGGGCCCUGGUCGCCACAGAGGAAAGACGCCGUGAAGGCCGUGGACACCGUGAUGGCGGACAUGACCAAGUGGAUCCAGGAACGGGAGCUGCAGGACGACCUUAACGUCAUCAUCUUCUCAGAUCACGGGAUGACUGAUAUUUCAUGGAUAGACAAAGUGAUUGAGCUGGAUAACUACAUCAACCUCCGUGAUCUGCAGCAGGUGAAGGGGCGAGGGCCAAUUAUGAGCCUGUGGCCAGCCCCUGGGAAGCAUUCGGAGAUAUAUAACAAACUGAGGCGAGUGGAGCACAUGACUGUCUACGAGAAGGAAGACAUUCCGAGCAGGUUCCAUUACAAGAAAGGGAAGUUUGUCUCCCCUCUGACCCUAGUGGCUGACGAAGGAUGGUUCAUAACUGAGAAUCGACAGUCGCUUCCAUUCUGGAUGAACAGCACCGUCACCCGCAAGGCAGAAGGCUGGCAAUGGGGCUGGCACGGAUAUGACAACGAGCUCAGAACCAUGAAGGGCAUCUUCCUGGCCUUCGGACCCGAUUUCAAGUCCGACUUCAGAGCUGCUCCCAUCAGAGUCGUGGAUAUCUACAACCUCAUGUGCAGAGUGACAGGCAUCACCCCUCUGCCCAACAACGGGUCCUGGUCUCGGGUAAUGUGCAUGCUGAAGGACCCGGCCAGCUCGGUUCUGGGUGCCCAGCCCAGCGCCUCUGCACUGGUCACCGUCCUGGUGGUACUGCUGGUGAUGCUGGUCUAG